AUGAUGGAUAUUGAAAAGUGCCUGUGUUACUAUAAAAUUUUGAACGUGGAUACAGAUGCUUCGGUUGAUGAUAUUAAAAAGAGUUAUAAGAAAAUUGUACUUCUGUAUCAUCCUGAUAAGAACACCCAUUUAUGUGAUGAAGAUAAGAAGAGAUAUACAAACAUAUUUCGAAAGAUUCAAGAAGCUUAUGAAUGCUUAACAAACGAGGUUCAAAGAAAAUGGUACGAUCGAAAUAGAAAGAGAAUUAUAGAAGGUAGGGAAAGUAGUGAAGAGAAAAAUUCAGGGAAGCAAAAAUAUGCAUAUAGUUAUACCAAUAUAAAUAUUUGGAAAUAUUUUAAUAAUACAUGUUAUAAUGGUUUUGAUGAUACAGAGGGAGGGUUCUAUGAUGUUUAUGGUAAACUUUUCGAUGAUAUAAUAAAAGAAGAAAAUGAAGAAAUUAAAAUUAUGAAUAAUAUAAAAGGUUGUCAUAAAAAUGGUAAUAAUCAUAAAAAAAAAAGGGAAGAUAAUAUGAAUAGUUCUGAUAAAAAUAAUACACAACAAGAUUAUCUUAACAAUAAAAAUAAUGGUGAUGAUAAUAAAAAUAAUGGUGAUGAUAAUAAUAAAAAUAAUGGUGAUGAUAAUAAAAAUAAUGGUGAUGAUAAUAAAAAUAAUGGUGAUGAUAAUAAAAAUAAUGGUGAUAAUAAUUAUAAUGGUGAUGAUAAUAAUUUUUAUUUUAUCAAAGCACCGCAUUUCGGUAAUUCAUCAACAUGUGGAAAAGAAAUUGACGAAUUUUAUGAGUACUGGUCCAAUUUUACGACCGUAAAAAAAGUAGAUUACUCAUAUGAAUAUAUAAAAACAUAUGAAUAUGAAAACCGAAACUUUCGAAGGAACUUAAAAAAAGUAAGUGAGAAAAGAAGUAUAAAAGAAAAGAAAGAAUACAACGAAAACAUACGUUCUCUAGUUAAUCACAUUAAAAAAUAUGAUAUACGUUAUAUUAAUAGAAUUGUUGAAUUGAUCGAAGAAAAAAGAAAAAAAGUAGAAUUAAGAGAAUUAAAAAAAAAAGAAGAAAUACUAAAGAGAAAAUUAUUAUUUGAAGAAAAUAAAAAAAAAGAAUAUUAUGAAGAAAUGGAAGAACAAUAUAUAUCAUCAUCAUCAUCAUCAUCAUUAAAUGUACAUAAAUAUAAUAAUGAAUGUAAAGAUAUAAAUUAUCCUUUUGAAACAAAUAAAAAUUCAUUACCAAAUUAUACAAAGGAUAAACAAAACGUAGAUAUAACAGAACCUAAAACACAACAUAUAAAUCAAAAAAAGAAACACUUUACGGAUGAUGAUAAUAUAUCCAGUGUUCAUGAUGUAAAAAGAAACAAUAAUGAUGAUCAGCACUCUAUGGAUAGUCAUAAUGAAGAUGAAAAUAACGAAAGGGUUAUAAAUAAAAUUAUAUAUCGAUGUGAAGUUUGUAGAAAAAAUUUCAAAUCUCUGAAGCAGUAUGCUUCUCAUGAGAAGUCCAAAAAGCACAUGAAUAAUUUUUUGAAAAAUGCAUGUAAGUAUGCUAUGGAUAAUAUGUUUGGAGAUGAAAACAGGGAGGAUCAUAUUAAUGAUCCCAAAUGUCGUGAUAAUAAAAAUAAAAAAAAUAAUGAUGAUGAUGAUGAUGAUAAUGAUGAAAGUGAAUCCAUACAUGGUGAUAAUAAUAAUAAUAAUAAAAAAAAUAAAAAUGAUGAUGAUGAUGAUGAUGAUAAUGAUGAAAGUGAAUCCAUACGUAGUGAUUAUAAUAAUGAAAGUGAAUCUAUACAUAGUGAUUAUAAUAAUGACAGCGAUUCUAUAUGUCGUAAUUAUAAUAAUGACAGCGGUUCUAUACAUAGUGAUGAUAGUAAUAAUAAUAAUGAUAAGGAUAAAGAAAAAAAUGAGAUAAAGGAAAAAAGCGAUUCAGAAUGCUCGUCCCAAUCCUCCAUUUCAAAAGAAAAUGAUGAUAUUUUAUGGUGGUAUAAAAAUAAAAAAAAAAAUAACUACAAAGAUGUGUUAACUAGUUCAUAUAAUAACUUAGAAGAAAAUAAUGUUGAUAUAUUAAAUGAAAAAAUAAAAACAGAUGAUAGUAGUGAUAAUUAUAAAAGUUCAAGGAAAAAGAAAAAAAAAAAAAAAAAAAAUAUGAAUAUAAAGGAAAGUCAUGAUAAUAUUAUUAAAAAUAAUAAUAUGAAUAUUAUAAAUAAAGUAGAUGAAGAUAAUAAAAUGACGAGUGUUCAUAUUAGCAACUCUAAAAAAUUAAAAGAAAAUAUAAAAAAUCUUAAGUGUCAAAUAUGUCAACAAAUUUUUGAUUCUAGAAAUAAAUUAUUUCAACACAUACAAGAAAAGGGGCAUUCAGCUUAUAAAAAUGUAGAUACUAAUAUAAAAACAAAUAGAGGAAAAAAGAAAAAGAAAUGA